AUGUCCAUCAGAAGACUAAUGUGUGGCCUUGCCGUCCCUCUAUUGCUCGCUGUAUCGACAGCGGCCGCCUUGCCGGAAUCUGCACAUUUUCAGGUGGUUCAGAAGGCGAACCUGAUCUUCACCAGAGACCCUGCUGCUAUUCACUUUUCCGACCUGGCCAGAUUCAAUGUCACCCUCAACUCCACCUAUGCCGCAGCAGCUAAAAGCGAAUACGUGUGUCCCGUCACGAUUGGAGGGCAGACUGUUCUCCUCGACUUUGACAGCGGCUCGUCUGAUCUCUGGGUCAUCUCAACUCUGACGGGUAUCGAGGCCGUAGCCCACAAGGUGUAUGACCCUAAGUCAAGCACGUCCUCUAAAUUGCUCCCUGGCGCUACGUGGGACAUCACAUACGCCGACGGCAGUGGGUCCGGUAGCGUGGUCUACAAGGACCAUGUUGCAAUCGGGACCAGCUUAUCUAUCGACCAGGCCGUGGAGGUCGCGCUAUAUGUCUCGCCUGAAUUUGCCACCAACCCUUUCAGCAGCGGUUUGCUGGGUCUCGCCUUCAGCACCCUCAACACUGUGUCACCGGUCCCCCAACUGAGCUACUUUGAAAAUGUUCUGCCCACUGUCCAGAAACCCUUGUUUACCGCAGACCUCAAGCACGGGCGUCCAGGAACCUACAACUUCGGUUACAUUGACCACACGGCCUACAGCGGGGCCAUUGCAUGGACGCCCGUCACAAAGCCCUACGGAUACUAUGCCUACUGGCAGCUAGACGUCACCGGGUUCCAAGUUGGACCUGGGCCUUACCACGAGUAUAUUAUCAAUGGAAUUGCAGAUACUGGGACCACUCUCCUCUACCUCCUGCCCCUUAUCACCGAGGCCUACUACUCCAAGGUGAUUGGGGCAUUCUUCGACCCCAGCUACGCUGCAUGGCUCUUCCCUUGCACAUCGCCCCUCCCGGACUUUGUCUUCGGCAUCAAGGGUUACCGUGGCGUGAUCCCUGGCGAAUACAUGAUCUUCGAGCCUCUUGGUGACGACCUGUGCUACGGAGGAAUCCAGGUCAAUACUGGCCUGCCUUUCUCUAUCUUCGGGGAUAUCUUGCUCAAGGCCCAGUUUGUCGUCUUCGACCACCAGGGUCCGGGACUCGGAUUUGCGAACAAGCUGUGA